AUGAGGCCCCCACAAAUAUGGGGCCUAAAGCGAUUGCUUUAUUUGCUUCAUGGAAAGGCCGCCCCUGCUAAGAAGCACUUGGAAGAGAUAAUGGCAAUUCGUAUGCCUCGUAUAAUCAAGAAGUCUUCUACAGCUGGAGAUGUUCCGAAGGGCCACUUCACUGUUUAUGUUGGGGAGAAGCAGAAGAAGAAAUUUGUAAUCCCCAUAUCGUUCUUGAGCCAACCUUUAUUUCAAGACUUGCUAAGUCAAGCUGAGGAAGAAUUUGGCUUCGAUCAUCCAAUGGGUGGUGUUACAAUUCCCUGCACUGAGGACGUUUUUAUCAACCUCACUUCUCGUUUAAGGAACUGA